UUCCACUAUCAGAUAAUCCUCGAGUAUUCCCCAAUAAAGUUCAUAUGGAUGAUGAGUUUGCACAUUCAGAAAUGGAUACUAUUUGAUUGGUUUAAUUGGUAUUCAUCAAAUAAAUGGUGUUAGUGCAGUGAUAAUUCCAUUCAUUGAGCUGGAGGCACAUCAUUUGCUUUCAGUAAGAAAAAGCAAGGACAAAACCGUUUAUGAAGUAGAAUAAAUUAUAAUGGAUACAACCAAAAAGUAUGAUAAUCCUAGUCCAGAAAACAAAGCUAACCCGGUCUCCAGGUUAUUCUUCUGUUGGCUUUUGCCCUUCUUCAAAUAUGGAUAUACUCAUGACUUAGAAAUAAAAGAUGUCUUCAACACAGUUACAACGGAUACAAGCGAAGACUUGACAGAUGUCUUGGAGAGGAAUUGGUUGAAGGAAUUGAAGAUGAAGGAAAAGAGUAAAAAGAAACCCAGUUUGCUAAAAGUUAUCGAAAAGACCUUUUGGAAGCCCUAUAUUGUUAUUGCAAUCUUUAGUCUCAUCAGAGCUAUCAUGUUCACAUUUUUUAUGCCGCAGGUUCUUAAAGAAUUCAUCAACUUUUUCGAUACAUUACCACCCAGAAAUAACGAAAAAGGAUGGUAUCUUGGAGCUGGUGUUAUAGGGAUGUCUUUCUUAAAUUGCGUUAUUAACCAUCAUUGCAAUCUAUAUGCUAGUAGAAUUGGUAUGAGAAUAAGAAUCGCUUGCUCAUCGUUGAUAUAUAGGAAGGUGCUGAAACUGGACAAGAUAUCUUUAGACGACACUGAUGUUGGUAAAUUGGUAAAUCUAUUAUCAAAUGAUGUCAACAGAUUCGACCAAGCUGUAGGAAAUUUACCAAAUAUUUUCAUUAUGCCUAUUCAAGCUACCAUUGGUACUUAUGUUAUGUAUAACUAUGUUGGUGUGGCAGCAUUUGCUGGAAUUGGGGCAAUGAUCUUUCAAGCUGUUCCUAUCCAAGGUACUCUUUCAAAACUUCAAGGAAAAUUGAGAUUCAAGGUUGCAUUAAGAACAGAUAAAAGAGUUAAACUGAUGAAUGAAAUCAUAACAGGAAUUCAAGUUAUUAAAAUGUAUGCCUGGGAAAAACCUUUUGAAAAAAUGGUUGCCUUACUUAGAAAGUAUGAAAUCACAGUAGUAACGAAAACAUCUUACAUAAAGGGAAUAUCCGCCGCAAUAAUGGUAUUCACUGAAAGAUUCACACUGUACAUUAUAGUAGUAAUAUACGUUUUACUAGGCAAUGAGCUCAAUGGAGGUGUCGUCUUUUCAAUGUCUCAAAUAAUCAACACCCUGCAGUUAUAUAUUUGCAUAAUGUUUCCGAUGGCCUUGUCGAGCUAUGCUGAAACCAAAACUUCAAUAUUCCGCAUAGAGGAGUUUCUGACGAAAAGCGAAAGACCGGAAAUACCUAAAAAGCUGGGUGGUGAUGGAUAUCAACCUGGAUCCGUCAAAUUGGAGAAUGUUCAUGCGAGCUGGACACCAAAUCCAAUUAUUGAUACGUUAGUCGAUGUAUCGUUUGAACUAAAACCUGGCAGCCUCUGUUGCAUAGUAGGAAACGUCGGUUCCGGUAAAAGUUCCAUUCUCCAGCUACUCCUGAGAGAAAUGUCCUUAAGUUCCGGAAAAAUGCAGGUAGGGGGCAACAUCUCCUACGCCUCCCAAGAGGCUUGGCUGUUCGCGUCGAACGUAAGAAACAACAUCCUGUUCGGCCAACCCUUCUACAAGGACAAAUACUACAGGGUGGUGAAGGCGUGCGCCCUGCAGAGGGACUUCGAACUGUUCCCGUUCGGGGACAAGACUAACGUGGGAGAACGUGGCGUGUCCUUGAGCGGCGGUCAACGGGCCAGGAUCAAUUUGGCGAGGGCGGUGUACAGAGAUGCCGACAUAUAUAUGUUCGACGAUCCCCUAUCGGCGGUGGAUCCGCACGUGGCCAAACAUUUGGUGGAGAAGUGCAUCCUUCAGCAUUUACACGAUAAGACUAGAAUUUUGGUCACCCACCAGAUACAGUUCCUGAAUCAUGCCGACUUCAUACUGGUCCUCAAUAAUGGAAUAGUCGAAAAAUUCAUACGACCGUCACAGCUCUCAUCUGAUGAAUUGAAACUUUUGAGGAAGACAAGUACCACAGACGCUCCUGCAGAAAAACCCAUCAAAACGAAAUCUACAUAUUCCUUGAAGUCUUUCGGCCUUGGAGAAGAAGAAGAAGCUGGCGAAGAGCCAAAAGAGACACAAGAACUUAUAGAAAGGGGUUCGAUGGCAUUUUCGGUUUACAAAGAUUAUUAUAGAGCCGGUGCAAGCACCUUUGUCCUUUUUGUGGAAAUUAUUCUGUUUUUGCUGGCCCAAAUGGCUUGCAAUGGCGGCGAUCUAUGGGUUACUUUCUGGACGAAUAACGUUGCCAAACUGAAGGUAGAUUUGACAGCAUCCGCUACUGAAAUGUCAAUGUCUACAGAUUGGACAGUACCUACUACUUUAACGUCAAUGUCUGCAGACACUACCAUUAUCCCCAAUUCAACGGAAUAUUUGGAAACCACUGCAACAGAUUUUGCUGACUUGCUAGGCAACGUUACGGCGGAAAACUUUUACGAAUCGACAACAAAUCCUUCAACACAUUUUAUUUUCAACGACUGGACCACUUGGACCAAUAACGAAUAUAUCGAAAUCUAUACUGCGUUCAUAUUGCUGGCCAUCAUUUUGACGUCAUUGAGAUCUCUCCUGUUCUACAAGAUCUGCAUGAAUGCAUCGACCAAUUUGCACAAUAUGAUUUUCACCAAUGUCUUACAAGCUACCAUGAGAUUCUUCGACACGAACCCCUCAGGAAGGAUUCUGAAUCGGUUUUCCAAAGAUAUGGGUUCUAUCGACGAACUUUUACCUUACGCUACCCUGAUGGCGCUUCAGGUCUUUUUGGUGGCUGCUGGCAUCCUCAGUAUGACCUUCAUCAAAUCCUGGUGGAUGAUAUUCCCUACACUUAUUCUUGGGGCCGUUUUGAGCUGGUUCAGAGCGAUCUUCAUGAAAGCAGCCCAGGAUGUUAAGAGACUGGAAGGAACAACUAAAGCGCCGGUGUUUUCAUACGUCGCCGCCUCUUUAGAUGGCCUACCCACCAUCAGAUCAGCCAACGCCGAAGAUAUGGUGAAGAGAGAAUUCGACACGAUUCAGGAUCAGCACACCUCUACUUGGUACUUAUUCAUAGCGGCGUUUGAGGCUUUCGGCUUUUACUUGGAUAUGGUUUCUAUUAUAUUCCUGGUUAUCGCUACUGUGCAGUUUCUUCUUAACGAUCAAGCUCUGCCAGGCGAUGUCGGGUUGGUCAUAUCGCAAAGUUUGAUAAUCAUCGGUAUGCUACAGUACGGAAUCAGGAACACGGCCGAAGUGUCAAGUCACAUGACGAGCGUCGAAAGGGUUUUGCAGUAUACGAAAAUCGAUAAGGAGGGACCAUUCGCCUCGUUACCUGGAAAUCUGCCGCCCAGAGACUGGCCGGAAGUGGGUAGGAUCACCUUCAAGAACGUCUACCUGCGGUACGUACCGGAAGAGGAACCGGUAUUGAAGAAUCUCACGUUGGAAAUCGAACCCGGAGAAAAGAUCGGUAUCGUAGGAAGAACCGGAGCUGGAAAAUCGACCCUCAUAUCCGCCCUCUUCAGGCUGGCGCCCACUGAAGGUUCCAUAGAGAUCGACGGUGUCGACAUCUUCAAAGUGGGUCUGACGGACUUGAGGAGCAAAAUCUCCAUCAUUCCUCAAGAGCCUACCUUGUUCUCCGAGAGCGUUCGGUACAACCUGGAUCCGUUCAAGAAGAACGACGAUCAGAAUUUGUGGAAGGCUCUCGAAAACGUUGAAUUGAAAAAUGCCGUAGAAAACUUGGACAUGAAAGUUAGUGAGGGAGGUUCAAAUUUCAGUGCCGGCCAACGUCAGUUGUUAUGUUUAGCCAGAGCGAUAGUCAGGAAUAAUAGGAUAUUGGUUAUGGAUGAAGCUACAGCAAAUGUUGAUCCACAAACUGAUGCGUUGAUUCAGACGUCCAUCAGGAAGAACUUCGCCAAUUGCACCGUCCUCACAGUUGCGCACAGAUUGAACACCAUCAUGGACUCGGACAGGGUGAUUGUAAUGGACGCAGGUCAGCUUAAAGAAUUCGCAGCUCCCCACGAACUGCUCCAAAACGAAGGAGGCUUCUUCAGCAAAAUGGUUGCAGAAACUGGAAACGAAAUGGAGACAAAGUUAAGGAAGAUCGCUGAAGAACAUUACAAGAAGAAGAAAUCGGAAUAGAAUGCUAUUGAAUGAAGAUUUCAAUGAAAUUCAUCGAAUGUGAAGAAGAAAUAGUACCACUGAUUUAAAUACUGAUAAUUAGGUGGCAAGGGAUGAAACAAGACGAUUUGAGAUGAGGGUAUUUCAGCCAAAGUUCGAAAUCUUUCUUUCAUCCCUUGCCACUCACUAUAUUAUUUAUUCAUUCAACUUGUAAUGAAAAUGAGAGUUUGAAUGUCUGGACUAUUUUCUUCCCGAAAGUGGAAAUCAAUAAUUUUCUUGCCGAUGAAAUAGAUAUUCAUAUUUUCCACUUUCUAGAAAAAAAACGGUCCAGAUAAUCGAGAAUGGGUCGAUUUCAUCCCAGUGACAGUCACAUUAGUCUGAAAUUGUUUAAAUCUCGAAAACAACAUUGAAACUCGUAUUUUCAAAGGUUAAAUGAAAAUAUUUAUAAUUACAGUAUAAUAGUGUAGCUAAUUAAUUCCGAAUCAUACUUAUUUUUGUACUUAUUCUUUAUGACAAUAUCGAAAUAGUUUUUCUAAAAGAAAAUUUAUUGAAUGUAUUUUUAUAAAAAUAUUUUCGAAUUUGACGAAAGAUAACUUAAUUUUGUGAAUCGUAUCAUGAUAUAUAUAUGCAAACUCUACUUAUAUACAAUACUUAAACUUGUAUCGUAUUUUACAACAAGGUAUUUGCUGUGCUACUUAUAUAAAUAUUUAUAUAUACAAAGAUUUGUCAGAUUAGAGGAAAUUUCUUCAUUUUCUUCUGUCUGUUUAGUACCAGUGUUUUAGAUGCCAAAAAUGAAUAACUGUUGAUGCUGUUACAAAAAAUCUUUCUUUGUGAGAAAGUUGAUUUCAUUCUACAGUAACUGUUUCUACUUGAAAAUUUUAUAACUCAAUAAAAAAUGUUCUUGAUUA